AUGACGCGACUACCAGCAACAUUGGACUUCGAAUACGACAAUGGUGAUAAGGCAACCAUCGCGAUUUCAAUUGCUGGGAAGCAGUUCCGGUAUGUCCGGAUUUUUGGCCUCCCUCCAGAGGUUGAAGAUAGGGACAUCGCCAAAGAGUUCCAGAAGUACGGUGUCAUCCAUCACAUGGUCCGGGAAAAAUAUGGCGUUGAUACUGGAUAUCCUAUUUGGUCCGGCGUUCGCGGGGUCCAUAUGGAGAUACUGCGUGAUAUUCCUGCUAGCAUGCACGUUGGUCACAUGCAGGCUAGAACUUACUAUGAUGGCCUACAAGUGAAAUGUUUCGUCUGUGGAUCAACGGAUCAUGUAAAAGCAGGGUGCCCGAGAAGAUCUUCGACGGUAAAUGACCGCCUUAGAAAAGUUGGUGGUGGUAGUGGUCGCGAUGGUGUUGUUGCUGCUGUGGACGCUGGAGAUACUGUUGUUGCUGCUGUUGAGGAUGGUGCUGCCGGAGGGGAUGCUGUUGGUGCUGCUGCUGGGGUUGCUGCUGGGGCUGCGGGUGGGGCUGCGGGAGGGGCUUAUUGUGGUAGCAAUGGUGAAAGUGUAAUGGUGAAUAGCUACAAAGACACUCUCUUGGGAGUUAAACCAAGUGACAUUGGAUUAGUCGGUGUGAAACCCGGUUCAAGUGGUACUGGCAUGGUGGUGUUAGCUAAGAAGGGCUUCUCGAUGGCAACAUCGAACGAAGAAAAACCCGGAUUCGAGCGUCAAAACGAAUCCAUCAAGACCGAUCGAAAACCGCGUGUGCCGACCAGCGAAACGGGUGGCAUAGGUCUAGCCCCGUCCGGAGACAGCGAAGGUGAAUCCCGUAGUGAGCGAGCGAUAAUGCCACGGCGCAAGGGAAGCCGAAAAUCGGUAGGAGCAGACCAGGACAAGGAGGAGGACGACGAAAAUGAGGAAGAGGACGGCGAGGACGAGUUGCCUGCGGCCGGUGGUGAGCGAUAUUUCCACCCGGAGGAACUAAAGCAACUGAUUCCGCUGUUCAAGGAGGGAAGUGGAGUGUCGGAUUGGCUACAAACUAUCGAUCACUAUCGUGUGCUGUAUUCGUGGUCGUCGAAAACUACACUGUUGUAUGCAUCCUGUCGUCUUUCGGGAGCAGCAUACCAGUGGUAUCUCGGGGAGCGUCCGACUAUUCCUGCCUGGGACGAGUUCAAAGCGAAGAUUUGUGUGGCUUUUCCGGAGCACGAAGACGAAGCCGAUGUUCAUCGAAGGCUGGCGAAGUGCGUGAAGGAUGGAAAGGAGUCCUAUGACAACUACGUGUUUAGGAUGAAUGCCAUCGGGCAGAAGGGAAAGCUGAGCAACUCGGCGAUCAUCAAAUACGUCAUCAGCGGCCUGUCGUACGAUCCGCUGUAUGGAUGCAUCGCCACUCGGAAGUACGAAACCAUCUACGAACUUCUCGAGCACAUCCGAUACUGUGAGUCAAAUCAGGAGAUGUGCAAACGGCGAACGUACCUACCGAAGGCAAACGCAAGCAGGCCGAAUGCAGGUGUUGGUGGCAGAAAGCAGCACGACGAGAACCGCCCAAACAACGACGGCGAGGGCCAACCGAAGCUGAGUCCGAAGGAUGAAUGUUUCAACUGCCACGGUUCCGGCCAUAUUUCGAUUAACUGCCCGCAGCCCCAACGUCGACCCCGGUGUCCGGUAUGCAAUAAGGUGGGCCACGGUGAGGAAACGUGUUUCAAGCGACGAGGUGAACCAACAGCAAGACCAAGCGGUGAUGCAGCUGGACCAAAGCCGGCAACGAGUGGCAACAGCCCGGCGUACCCGAUUGUAGCUGGAAGCAGCGACGAUAGCCCCGGAGCUGGUAAGCUAUUGAAAGUGAACGGCCAGUCGUUAGUACCAGUUGAUCUAGUUGUGGGAGAUCAGGUACAGACGAUUGAAGCGCUUGCUGAUUCUGGAUGCCCGGUGAGUCUCGUUAAGAAAUGUUGUUUCCCAAAUGAUAACAUGUUUUGUACAGAGAGCGAUGAAGAUUUAGUAGGAGCGAACAAUUCGCAGAUUGAUAUUGUAGGGUCGUACUCGACCAGAGCGAAAAUUAAAUCAGACGAUUAUGUAGCUAAUUUGACAGUGGUCGCAGACAGUACGAUGAAAAUGGGAAUGAUCUUGGGUCGAAAAUUUUUCGAAGAAAACGAUAUUCGUGGUUUGAUUUUUGAGCGCGGUCAAAGCGUAAAUGAGAGCUUCGAUGUUAAAGCGAUGCAAGAUGUUUUUGACGGCGAAGUUGAAACUUUGUUCGUGGACGCAAAAUGUACCCUUGAUGUGGGUGACUCAGAUGAAACCAGAUCGUUAAGUGGUACGGUGUGUGAACUUUUCGAAACUGAGUACUUGUCUCGCGAGAAACCGACCGAACCGUUAAUGAAGUAUUGUGUUGAUAUAAAGCUCAAGGAUAACCGAUAUUUCAAUUCAACUCCUCAACGCUUAAGCGAUUAUGAACGGAAGGAACAAAACAAAAUUGUUGAUGAUCUUUUGGCAAAAGGCAUCAUUCGUGAGAGUGAAUCGCCUUACACGAGUCGAGUAGUUCUAACGCGUAAGAAGAACGGGGAAUAUCGCCUCUGUGUCAACUACAAACCGUUAAACAAACUUGUCGAACGUAACCAUUACCCGUUACCAAUAAUCGAGGAUCAAAUCAGUAAGCUUCAGGGACGGAAGUAUUUUACCACGCUUGACAUGAAGAACGGUUUCUAUCAUGUUGAUAUCGCGGAGGACUCGAAGAAGUAUACGUCGUUUAUAACGGAAAGCGGUCAAUACGAAUUCAAUAAGCUACCGUUCGGUUACGCGAACUCGCCCGCUAUAUUUUCGCGGUACGUUUCCAAAGUUUUGGACCCGUUUAUCAAAAGCGGUGAGAUUGUCGUUUUCAUCGACGACAUAAUGGCAAGUUCAAAAACUGUUGAGGAGCAUUUGGACUUACUGAAACGACUUUUCCAGGUGUUGUCAGAUAAUCACAUUCAGUUGAACAUCAAGAAGUGCUCGUUCUUGAAGUUGAACAUCGUUUUUCUCGGUUACGAAGUAACGUUUAAUCAGAUUCGGCCGUGUAAUCAGCAUAUCGAAAACGUAGAAAAGUUCCCGGUUCCAACAAAUGAGAAAGCGCUUCAAAGGUUCCUCGGUCUAAUGAGUUAUUUCCGGAAGUUCAUCUACCGGUAUAACGAGAUCGCGAAUCCGUUGUACGAACUGAUGAACAGUCAUGAUAAGCACUUCAAGUUCGAAUCGCGACAUUACGAAGCUUUUGAAAAAUUGAAAGAGGCGUUGGUAUCGAAACCUGUAUUAAGCAUCUAUUCGCCAGCGUUGGAAACCCAGCUGCAUACGGACGCGUCAGCUAGCGGUUUCGGUGGAAUAUUGAUGCAGCGGCAAACGGUCGAUAACCAAUUCCAUCCGGUUAUGUUCUUUUCGCGUAAAACGACUGCGGCGGAGUCAGUUUUACAUUCGUUCGAACUCGAAACGUUGGCGAUCGUGUACAGCGUUAAACGGUUUCGCGUUUAUCUCUUCGGCAUUCCGUUUAAAGUCGUUACGGAUUGCAAUUCGUUAAAAGCGACACUGGCAAAGAAAGAUGUCAACCCUAAAAUCGCGCGUUGGGCUCUUUUCCUUGAUCAGUUUGACUUCGAAGUCGAGCAUCGAGCGGGUACGAAGAUGCAGCACGUGGACGCGUUAUCACGGAUGUACUGUUAUGCGAUCGACAGAGAAUCUGAUUCCAUAUUCGAAAAUGCGCUUUACGUUAACCAAAUACGGGAUUCUAACGUCGUUAAAAUUAAGGCGGACUUGGAAAGUCGAGACAGUAAGCUCUACGAAGUGAGGGACAACCUGUUGUUCCGUAAGUACAAAGAUCGUUUGUUGUUGUAUGUUCCUAUGAGCAUGGAACAAUCGGUGAUGUUCAAAUACCACAACGGUUUAGGACAUUUCGGUAUCGAUAAAGUAGUUGAACUGAUAAAGCGAUCAUAUUGGUUCCCGCAAAUGCAAUCGAAACUCAAAGACCACAUUUUGAAGUGUAUUACGUGCAUCGCGUUCAAUCCGAAAUUGAAGAAGUUGGAUGGGCCACUUCUAAUCAUUGACAAAGUGAGCAUUCCGUUUCAUACGGUUCACGCAGAUCAUCUCGGUCCGUUGACGUUGACCAAGGGGAAGAACGUGCAUAUUCUCGCGGUCGUGGACGCCUUCACGAAGUUUUUGAAGCUGUAUGCGACAAAGACAACGAGUUCUCGUGAAGCAAUGAAGCAUCUGAAAUCGUAUCAUAUUUCGUAUUCGGUACCCGAGGUUCUCGUUACCGACAGGGGAACAGCGUUUACAUCAAAACAAUUCUCGUCUUUUGUGAAGGAUAACGGUAUCCGGCAUCAGCUAGUAGCAACCGCGUGUCCCCAAGCGAAUGGGCAGAUAGAACGGUACAACCGCACACUGAUCCCGCUGUUGAGUAAGUUGGUUGAAGAGCGUUCGCAAGAUUGGGACACGGUGUUGGUUGAGGCGGAAUAUUUGCUAAAUAAUACGUUCAACCGAUCGAUUGGGGAUGUACCUUCUCGGCUAUUGUUCGGCGUCAUCCAAAAGCGUAUUGUUCCUGAAGAUCUUACAGCUUACGUUGAUGUGUUGAAUGAGAAAUUUGACCGGGAUUUGCCUGCAAUCAGGGAUGCGGCAGCGCGAAAAAUUCGAAAAUUGCAAGAAUACAACAAAGACCAGUACGAUAUGCGUAGCAAGGUAAACACUCAGUAUCGCGAAGGUGAUCUCGUUUCUGUUCGGACCGUUAAACAAGUUGGGGAGAGAAGUCCGCUGAGGCGGAAGUCAGGAGGAGAAAGCAGUGCCCGCAUCAUUCUCGAUACGUCCGUCGCCGAAUAA